UCUGUUGAAAAUUUUUGUCAAAAAUGGAGGGUGGUUCAACAAAGAUAAUCUGGAGAACUGUCGAAUUAUAACUCUGGAUCUGCCCAUGUUUACUCCCCCUUCAACCCUUAGUGCCAAGUGACAAGCAGGUACCAUUUAUCAUGGACUCCACUGUUUGUCGCCAGUAGGGCUCGAACCAACCUCCAGCUCUUAAGGUGAAAAACCACAAGGUCAGCAAGGUUCUUCCUUGUUUUGUUUCAUCAGUUAGUGUAAGUAAGGUUUUCCUUGUUUUGUUUCAUCAGUAAGUAUCAUUACAGGUUUUAUAUUCAUGAAAUGGUAAUGAUUUCCCAUUUGUAAUACAAAUAGCACAUUUGAAUCUGCUUUUUACUGUACAUUUUAUUUUGAUCUUGAUUAUUUCCUCUGGACAGACACAAUGUUGACAUUCUGGUAAAUGGCCAAAAACUAAGAAAAGAGGAAGUAUAAAUAAACAAAUACCUGCUUUGAAUUACAUGAAACUGGAAAAGAACCUAUUAUUGUAAUUUUAUCUAACUUUUCAAAUAAGCAAAUUCAAAUAAUUUACAUAAAAGGAACCUUUAAAUAAAGUCCAACAGUUACAACUGGGCAUAGUGCCUGUUGACUUCAGUUGCUGUGACAAAGAAAAAGAUGACCCAGAUGUCUUCCAUUUACUGUCUCCUGUUGCUGCUCUGUCUGGGAGCAUACGCCUCAGGACAAUGUCAAGUGGGAUUUGUGACAUCCGAUUAUUGUCGGGAGGGUCAAAAUUGCCAGUGGUUGAAAUAUGUUAGCUUUAAAAAGCCAUUUCCCAGUCCACCUGACGUUGUGACUGCUUUGGCUUUACUCGAUUCCUGGCGUGGUGGUAACAUUCGUCUCAACAUGCGCCCAACGUCCAUCUCCACUCAUGGUUUUGUAAUGAACUUCGGUGUGUGGGGCCAAAACACCGAUCCUCCAACUCACAUCUACCGCCUCAAAGCUGCAUGGACUGCAUGUCCCAAAGUUUAACCACUACAAGCACCAAGCAAGAACUGGAAACUCUGAUAUUUGGAUGUGGACAUGGCCUAAAUGAACUUAUAUAUUCAGUAAUGAGCCUAACAUAGGGCAUGAGUCUUAGGAAUUAAAAUCUACUGUAUUACUUACUGCUUACUCCUCGCAAAAUAAGAAAACAUUACAGUAAAUGACUUUAC